AUGGAGGAAGCACUACGGCGGCUCAACGGAAUGCCUUUACCGGCGUCGCAGUUCGACGACGGCGCCGUCGCUGCUCCCAAUGACACCCGUAAGAAACACACUGCCACGGGUAGUAACGCCGACCGUCGCAUCCUCCGCGAGGCUUCCGCUUCCGGUGCGUUGCGAUACCGUGGCGUCCGGCGAAGGCCGUGGGGUCGUUAUGCAGCUGAGAUACGUGACCCGCACUCGAAAGAGCGGCGGUGGCUUGGUACCUUCGACACAGCGGAAGAAGCUGCACGUGCUUAUGAUUGUGCUGCACGUGCCAUGCGUGGACUUAAAGCUCGUACUAAUUUUGUUUACCCUCCUCCUCCUCCAACUCCUCCUCCUCCGCCGCCGUCCCUCUCCGAUCAACUUCUUUCUCCUUUAAACUUCGCCAAACAAUCGCCAAUUCCUCGUCGUUUCGAUACGUCGUCGUUUGAAUAUCAUGACCCUCCGUCUUUCCUCAACAUGCUUCUUCCGUACGACGCUAACUUUGUCUCAUCUACCCCUCAGUUUCCUAAAAUAGACGAUCAUUUCCCAUGUCCAAAACCGUCUUUUACUUCUCCCCCUAUAACCGAAAAUCCACCUGGCGAGGACGAUUUCUUAUGCGAUUCCGAGUUCAUUCCAAAAGAACCGUCGGAUUCGGGUCUUCUAGAAGAAAUCAUUCACGGUUUUUUCCCUAAACCGACGAAGAAGUCGCAGAAUCCACAACCGCCAAACGUCGUUUCCGACACGAAUUACCACCAAACCGGGUUUCAACAGCAGCAAACCGGAUACUCGUACAAUUACCAAACCGGAGCGGCUCAGGUGGGGAAUUUGAACCAGCCGUCGUAUGGGUAUGGGUCGGAAGAACCGGCGAUGAAUAAUGGAGAAUAUAUUUCAGUAGCCGGAGUUCUUGAAUGCUUUUACGGGCAACAUGCAGAAUGUUUAAGGGUUUUAGUACUGUUGUAG